AUGGAGAUCCGACAUGCUUUACCCCGGGAUAUCUGGGAGCUGCUGCACUGCUUGAAGGUGAGGAGCAAGUAUGCUGUCCUGCUGGUCUUCGUUGUCAGCCUUGUCAUCAUUGAGAAGGAGAACAACUUCAUCUCCAGGGUGUCGGACAAGCUGAAGCAGUCCCCACAGGUUCUGGCAGAGGCCAACGGCACGGAGGUCAGCCUGGCACCGGCCGAGAACGGUUCGUUGGCUUCCCUGCAGGAGCUGGAUGCUGCUUUCUUCCAGCUGAGGUCUCACCUGCACAACAUCACCCUGCAGCUGGCAGGCGAUGGGGACCCCAGGCCGCGGCGGCACAUCCUGCUGAUGGCCACCACCCGCACCGGCUCCUCAUUUGUCGGGGAGUUUUUCAACCAGCAAGGCAGCAUCUUCUACCUCUUUGAGCCCCUCUGGCACAUCGAGAAGACGGUGACCUUCCUGCCGGGGGGAGCUAGCGCCGUGGGCUCUGCCUUGGUUUACCGAGACGUGCUCAAGCAGCUCCUCCUCUGCGACCUCUAUAUCUUGGAGAACUUCAUCUCGCCGGCGCCCGAGGGCCACCUGACUCCCUUCCUGUUCCGGCGGGGCUCCAGCCGCUCGCUCUGCGAGGAGCCCGUGU